GCCUGGAGGAGCCUGACGGAGGGGCGCUGGCCUGGAGGAGCCCGACGGAGGGGCGCUGGCCUGGAGGAGCCCGACGGAGGAUGGAGGAGUCCUGGACUGGAGGGGUGCUGCCUCGCGGAUGGAGGAGGAAGACGAUCUGUUUUCAAACGAGGGGUUCAUAAAAGAUGAGCUCAAGACGAUGCAAGCAUUCCUAGCGGCCGCGGAGAGAAUGAAGAACAAAAACAUGCUACUGAAGGUGUGGGCAGAGCAAGUAAGAGAUCUAGCAUACGGCAUCGAGGAUUGCCUUGAUGAGUUUAUGGUGCAUGUGGGAAGUCAGAGCCGGUCUCGACUGCUGCUUAAGCUGAAAGACCGCCAUCGAAUUGCCAGCCAAAUGCGUGAUCUCAAAGCAAGAGUAGAAGAGGUGAGCAGCAGGAACACACGCUAUAACUUGAUCACCGCCGAUUCCUCCAGCAGCAUUGAUGAUGUGAAUUCCUAUAUGGAAGAUAUUCGCAGCCACUCAGCUAGCAAUAUUGAUGAGGCAGAGCUUGUGGGCUUUGCUAAGGCUAAACUAGAGUUGAUUGAGAUGGUGGAUGUCAACUCUAGAGAUGGUAUUUGCAAGGUGAUAUGUGUUGUUGGCAUGGGUGGUUUAGGCAAGACUACUCUCGCAAGGAAGGCAUUUGAAAGUAAGGAAGACAUUAAGAACACAUUUUCUUGUUGUGCAUGGGUCACCGUCUCGCAGUCCUUUUCCAAGAUAGAGAUGCUCAAGGACAUGAUUAGGCAACUUUUGGGUACCGAUUCAAUGAAGAAAUGCUUGAAAGAUCUUGAAGGCAAGUCAUUGCAAGUAGAGCAUCUCUCCAGCUACCUUAGAGAAAAGCUGGAGGAUAAGAGAUACUUUAUUGUUCUUGAUGAUUUGUGGACCAUCGAUGCAUGGAAUUGGAUCAAAGAUAUUGCUUUUCCUAUUAGAAACAACAAAGGCAGCCGAAUAAUAGUAACAACACGAGAUGCUGGCUUGGCUGAGCAAUGCACUUCUGAAUCGCUUAUUUACCACCUUAAGCACCUGCAAAUAGAGGAUGCCACAGAUUUGCUACUAAGAAAGAGUGGAAAAAACACAUGAAGACAUGAAAAAUGAUAAGGAAAUGAUGGCCAUGGUCAACAAAAUAGUAAAGAAGUGUCGGGGUCUGCCGUUGGCUGUACUCACUAUAGGAGGCAUGCUUUCCACCAAAAAGGUCACAAAGUGGGAAAGUAUCUAUAAUCAAAUCCCCUCAGAGCUCGAGGUCAACCCUAGCCUUGAAGCAAUGAGGAGGAUAGU